GCACAAGUUGAUUUUAGGACUCACAAAAUGUUUUUAUUUUAUUUUAUUUUUUAUUUUUUUUAAAAAAAAUUGUUUGCUAUAAACGGUAACCAGCCAUUUUGAGCGCCAAAAUUUUCUUUUGUGGAGCAAGCAUUACUUUUGCUCCAGUUUUCUUCUUUCUUUCUCCUUCAAAGUUUGUCUCAGAACAACAUUCAAAGCUCAAAUGCGAGCUCGUUUUCCCCACAUUGAUUACUUCCCCACCAUUCCCUUUCAACUCCACGAAACCCUAACCUUCCUCCAACUCCCACUUUCUCAAGUCUCUCCCUCUCCUCCCCUUACCUCCACCUUCUCCGACCUCAUCUUCCUCCGAUCCGAUUCCAUCCCCGAACUCUCCCUUCCAAUCGAAAAUUUACCCAUCCAAACUGCUCUUUCUAAGUUCUUCUCCAAUGUUAUUCCUCAGAAGAUCGUCACCUCUGUCGAAGAAUUCGAGGAUGAUGUUCCGUCAUCGUGUCAUAAAAGUUUCAAUUCCAGAAGCCACGAGACUCAUUUAUCGGAGGAUAUUGGGGCUAUUAACGAGGAAAAGGAAGUGGAGAGUUACAGAGCUUCUCAAUCUGAAGUUGUUGAGGUGGAAGUUCUUAAUAAGAGUAAUGCAGGUACUGUUGAUGUUAACGUUCCACGAAGAUAUGAAGUAAUUGAAUUUGAAACACCAGAGCUUGAUGACUUCGUGGAAGCAUCUUCAUUCGUUGAAAACAAGGGGAUCCGCAUUCUUUCCGAGGUUCCAGAGAUUGAAGAAAGUUUGGAUAUGCUCAAUCCAGGACCUGCAACUUAUUAUCCUUAUGAAGUUCACAAAUCAGUUUUGACUGUCGAAGAUAUUGCCCUUGAGCAUCCCAUAGGGCAAAAAGAUAAUCCCCCCGAAGAUUUCCAGGACCAGAUUCACUUUAAAAAAGUAAAUUUCCAAAUUUUAGAAGUGGAUGAAAUAGUUCUGGAGCAUAUUGCAGACUUUUCUGUGAAGGAAAAGUUUCUUUCUAUUAUUGAAAAUGCUGAACUACAACAUUUACAAACAGAUGGCCCGGAAUUUAACAAGAAAGAGCUUUUGGGUUCUAAAGAUUAUGAUGUAUCAGGGUUUAUAUCAGACCAUAGUCUAUCACCUCACUCUUGUGGAUAUGAGGUGGGAUCCCUGGACAAUUUCCCAGAAAUAAACUUGAUAAGUCUUGUCGAAAUUUCACAGAUUAGGAUGAGCUCUGGAAUUCAAAGGACAUCAGAUUGUGAUUGUUUUGUGUCAGAUAAACCAUUUGUUUAUCAGGAAUUUCAAAUCCUUGAUGAGGACUCGUCUCAAAUUUUUGAAGAACUCUUUAACAGACAAACAGUGUAUGACACAGAGACUUGUGACUGGAUGUUCAAUGAAGACAUGAACUUCAAGAAUUUCAACAAAUUAAUUGUUAGUCAUGAGUUAGCACUUGUAGACGACACAUUCAAAUCAAUGCCCGUACCUGUUCUUUCUGAUCAUGGAAAACUGAGGUCAAUCUACACAGUUAUUAAAAGAAAACUUGCUCAACUAAAACCGCAGCCCUUAUCUGCACUAGAUGGAAUAUACUUGGACUGGCAUAUUCUUGAAGAAGUUAACUAUGACCCUAACACUAGUAUAAACUACAAGAGAGAGUUGCAUGAUAUGGGUUCAUACAACAUUGAUUUUGGUUGGGAUUCUUUUGGUGAUACAAAUGUGGUAUAUGAUUUCAUCUUCUCUGAUGAUGGUACAUAUGCAUUUAAUAAGGAGGAAAACGGAGAAUCAAAGGAACUUCUCUCUAAUGUCUCUAUCCCUGUUGGAACCGAACCAAGAAAAUUUUCAGGUGAUAAUUUCCCACAGCCGAAGAAUGAAGAAUGCUUGGCUAGAAAGAAUGCUGAGAGGGCUUCAUUAUUAUUCAAGUCUAUGUCACAUUCUAAUGAUCUUGAUUUUCUCAGAAAAACUCAGAAAGUCACUACUGGAAAGAACAGUGAACCGACAGUUAAGACAUUUGAUAAAGAUGCUACAUCUCCCAAAGUUGCAGUGUGUAACUCAGUAGCAGAUGUAUCUCAAGGAGGGGAAUCAAUUAACUUUUCACAUAGGGAUGAGAAUGUUAACAAUCAGAAGUUCUUUCACCAUCCCUCUAACCAGGAGAAACUCUUUGACUAUCCAUCUAAUCAGGAAAAGUGUAAUGUCAGAUUUGAAGAGGCUGCAGAUAUUGUAGAAGCUUGCAGUAUGCCUUCACUGGCUCCUUCUAUGUCCUUUCCAGAAGAGUCUAAUCACAGGAGCCCUCAAGAAAGCAGGUCAUCUCUUCCCAAAACAGUGAUACUUGUUAACACACAAAAUCUUGAUAAGGAAAUGAUAGUAUCCAGAAGAAGUACCUAUCAAAAAAUCCUCGCAAUAGAGAAACAUGGUGCACAAGUUGUAGAACGUGAUUCGGAUUUACCCGUUGAUGUUGUGAUAAAUUCUGCAAUUUGUUUAGUUUGGUAUGAUUGCAGAAACAUUGGAAAGAAAACAACUGCUGUGGAUGAAGCUUCUUCAAGCUUACCCUUGUGCAUUGAGAAUAUUGCAACAAAUGUUUUGACCUCGCUGAGUUUCACUUUCAGUGGCUGUAUUCUGGUCUUUGAGGGAGAAAACAGUUUCCUUUCUACUGUAAUGGAAUCCUCAGAUGGACUUUAUGCUGCAGCAGCAAGCCUUGGAAUUGACGUGCAGCUCUUUUGUUCCUAUUCAUCUGAGUUGACUGAUGAAAUUAUAAUGAGCUGCAUUGGAUAUGCCACUGGAGGUGUAUAUCCAAGAAUGACUGAAUCAGAAACACUUGCAGAGUCAUUUCUUACAAAAUUUCCUUCAGUCAAUCCUUUGACUGCUCAUGCAAUUUUAUCUUCGGGAGGCAUGCUUAUUGAGUUCCUGGAAUGGUCAAACGAACGCAGGAUUCACGCCCUCCAGAAAUUUAAUGUUCCUGUUGAAAGUAUCAAUUUGUUAGGUGCUUUAUUGAAAUAUGGUGAGCGAGAGGAUUCGAGAUCAAUAAUGACAGACUAUUCUUCUUCAGUCUCUUCUGGUAUGGACUCUGAAAAAUCUUCUAAAAGAAAAAGAUGGAGCUACGACGAUAGCCUUGACAACAUUGACAUCCGAAUAGAUGAAUUGCACAAUGAUUCAGAAAAGCAAUUUUCCAAAGAGACUAUUAAUACUUCUUCAGGGAAAAAACCAUUCGAGCCAUUCAUGUCAAAAGAUCAUGACACAUUUCGUCAGUUGAAAAACACAAUACCAUAUGAGAGCAAUUUGUUCCAUCAAGAACAGGGAUUUGAUGAAGCUAUGAUGAUGAAUCAUUUUGUUGUUCCAGAGCCAUAUGAUUUUCAGAUGCCUAAAGAAUCUCAAAAGUUUAAGGAGACUAGGUUGUCAGGUCAACUACAGGGAACAAACGUGGAUUUGCUGAAAAACUUUGAUCUGCAUGAUAUCAGCAGUUCUGAUAUUCUUUUUGCGGACCAAAAAGGUGAAGUCAUUGACCUGACCGCAAGUCCUGCCCCAGGCAAAGAGUUUUCCUCUGUUGCCAACUCCUCAUCGUUUUUUAUGCCUGAAAUGGAAAAGGAUGGCAUGAGAAAGUCCAGAACUGCUAGAAGAUUAUCCUUUGACAAAGACAAUCAGCCUAAAUUUCCAACUAGUGCAGAAAUGUGCUCAGGUUCAAAUAUUUGGAAUUUUGUAAAAGACCAGAAGAAGAAUUUACAUGUUGGAGCCAGCAAUUCCUCAGAUAUAGAUCUUGAAAAUAAUGCUACACCUUUAGACAAACGUAGCAAGCUAUUAAAGGAUCGUCUCAAACACAGGUCUGCUGAAAAAUCCCAAGGGUUACAAUGCCAAGGGAGGAACUCGUCACUUCAUGGAGACACUCCACUCUCACAUGCGCUCCAUUUGGCCAGUCCGCAACAAAAGUCUCCAUGGACAAUGGAGUUUCUUAACAAAAUAAAGGAAAAGAGUAGAUUUCGUCAUCAGUCCCUUCCUUGUGAGACUGCUCCUUGUUUUGGGUGUUCGGGGGAUGUAUCAAAGGUUACCAAGCGAAGAAGCCCCUCAAUUCUUGAAUUUUUCAAGUACCAAGGAGGCAACACUAUGAGGAAGAUACCGGAACAAAAGAAACAUAAGAGAUCUACACAGUCAAGUUCAUCAAAAGAUGAAAAACCUUCUGCCUCUAUUCUUCCAACAUGGACACCUCUAGAUAAAAGAGCACGGCAGACACUAUCUUUUGCAAAUGACGGUAAAGGCCAAACUAAGCUCGUCUGGAAUGAUGAAAUCCACAAUCCGAGGAAAAAGUUUCUCCAUCAAAUAUGAAAUGUCAAUAAACUUUGCUAGAAGCUCAUGGAUCUGCCAUUAUUUGGCUUAAAGUGGAGGUUGGUCUGUAACAGAUCACAUGUAUCUUGAGCUUUUACUAGUAGUAAGCUUCAGAGUGUGCUUUUAUCCUGUAAUUCUUGCCCUGCUUCCAGUUUAAUAUAUGGCAUAAAAAUGUUGGCAAAAUUUUGGAACCCUGUGGCUUCUAAUUACCAAAAGCGCAUUAAUGUCUUGCACUAUGCUAUAUUAUAUAUAUAAACCCAUAUGCAAAAAAUACUCAUAUAAUAAUAAUAAUAAUAAUAAUUAACUUAAUACAACAUCUGUGACCAAAACAAUUGACUGAAUCUUGUAUCUGUUGCUUGAGUGUCUUAGAAUAAAUGGUUAUCACUUAUAAUUGUAUGUCUAAAAUGAACUACAAAGACGGGAAAAAUACUCAUACAUAUAUUUCUUUUCUUGUCACCUGGACCUGAGAUUCAGUGUAAUAUAGCCACACACCUUGAUCAUACUUUGCUUUAGUACAACCUGUUUCCCGCCUCAAAAAUCAACACUGAGAAAAUUA